GUUCGACAGUCUUCUCCCAUCAGCGGCGGCCAAGCAGAAGUGGCGAAGCCUGAAAGUGAGCUCUACGAAAGAGAGAGGGGCCAAACGAAGAAAAGCCAGGAGGGCUCCGACCGAUAUCUCCACCAGGAGUCCAGGACCUUGAUUUUGUUCCCUCCUCCGCUCCUCAUUGGGUCAUUGGGUGCGGCGGCUGGUGCGAGAAAGGUGCCAGGCAGAAGUUGCAAUUUUUGGGGAGUUUGUUGAGGAGUCGCACACAGUUUGGUCAGGCGGAGGUUUCCUGGAUUCGUCAAGAACGAGGCAUCGCAAUCUGAAGCCUUCUUCCGGUUCAAUCUAGUUUCCCCUCGGAUUCGGCCAUGGAGCGGCAAUCCAGCAUCCGGCUGGGCGCGCUGGAGAAGCUCAAGAGCUUCCGGGGGAUGGAGAAGCAGAAGAGCUUCCGGGGGAUCAUGUCCCUGGAGCGGCGGAGCAGGGACAGCCCGGGAAAGCGCGGCGACACGCCGCUCCACCUCGCGGCGAGGUCCGGGAGCGUGGCCCACGCGCAGAGGAUCCUCGCCGAGCUCGACCCGGCGCUGGUAGCGGAGAUGGCGGCCAAGCAGAACCAGGACGGCGAGACGCCGCUGUACGUCGCCGCCGAGAAGGGCCACGCCGAGGUGGUGCGGGAGAUCCUCAAGGUCUCCGAUGUGCAGACGGCCGGGAUCAAGGCGAGCAACAGCUUCGAUGCGUUCCACAUCGCCGCGAAGCAAGGCCAUCUUGAAGUUCUGAAGGAGAUGUUGCAGGCUUUUCCUGCUCUUGCCAUGACAACAAAUUCUGUAAAUGCUACAGCUUUGGACACUGCUGCAAUUCAGGGGCAUGUUGAUAUAGUCAAUCUUCUACUGGAAACGGAUGCUAGCCUCGCCAGAAUUGCGAGAAAUAAUGGGAAAACAGUUUUGCAUUCAGCAGCAAGAAUGGGCCAUGUGGAAGUUGUAAGAUCAUUGUUGAAUAAGGAUCCCAGCAUUGGUUUAAGGACUGACAAGAAGGGGCAAACGGCACUGCAUAUGGCCUCGAAAGGACAAAAUGCUGAAAUCGUGGUCGAGUUGCUGAAGCCUGAUACUUCAGUUGUCCAUAUCGAAGACAAACAGGGGAACCGACCUUUGCAUGUUGCUAGUCGGAAGGGGAAUAUCAUUAUAGUGCAAACUCUAUUAUCAGUUGAGGGGAUCGAUGUGAAUGCAGUUAAUAGAUCUGGAGAGACUGCAUUCGCCAUUGCUGAGAAAAUGAACAAUGAAGAACUUGUUAACAUCCUUAAGGAGGCUGGUGGCGUAACUGCAAAAGAGCCAGCGCAUCCUCCGAAUUCAGCAAAGCAACUUAAGCAAACAGUCAGUGAUAUCAGACAUGAUGUCCAGUCCCAGAUCAAACAAACACGUCAGACCAAGAUGCAAGUCCAUAAGAUCAAGAAGAGACUCGAAAAGCUCCAUAUUGGUGGUCUAAACAACGCCAUCAACUCCAACACUGUUGUUGCAGUGCUUAUCGCCACCGUAGCCUUUGCUGCCAUAUUCACCGUCCCUGGAAAUUUUGUAGAGGAUCUGAGCCAAGCGCCUCCCGAGAUGUCCCUGGGACAAGCAUAUGUUGCUAGCAACCCGGCCUUCAUAGUCUUCCUGGUCUUCGACGCCCUGGCUCUCUUCAUCUCCCUUGCGGUCGUCGUCGUCCAGACCUCGCUGAUCGUGGUGGAGCAGAAGGCCAAGAAGCGGAUGGUCUUCGUGAUGAACAAGCUGAUGUGGCUGGCGUGCCUCUUCAUCUCGGUGGCCUUCAUUGCACUGACAUACGUCGUGGUGGGGCGUGAUGACUGGUGGCUGGCCUGGUGCACCAUGGCAAUUGGCACCGUGAUCAUGCUCACCACCCUUGGCUCCAUGUGCUACUGCAUCAUCACCCACAGGUUGAACGAGAAGAACACGAGGAAGAUCAGGAAGGCCUCCGCGAGCCAGUCCCGGGGCUCGUGGUCCCGGUCAGUUGAUUCAGAUGAAGAGAUACUUAACAGCGAAUACAAGACGAAGAUGUACGCACUGUAGAAUAACAGUUACAUUAUGAUGGAUUCUUUGUACAUAAAGUGCUGGGAUACUGAAUAGCAUUCACUGGGGUAGAACUGAAGAUCAGGAAGAUGCAGAGGCUGGAGCACGGUAUCUGUGCUUAGCUGAAUUUUCCUUGCUGCCAACACAAGGAUAUCACCUCUCAGCUCACUUGACUGUCUUGUAUCCAUUCCUGGGUGAAAGUCUGUUAAAGCUGUGUAUCUCUUGUACCUGAAACAGUCCAUGAUGAUGGCGAUAACUUGAUCAGAGUAGAAUAAAAGAGUUCAGUACCAAUGUGUAAUGGUCAUGCAUUCUGAUCUUGUGCAAGAUGAUGUCAGAAAGUGGUAGAACGGGGUGAAUUCAGUAAUUGGCUGACCUCGUCUGGGUAGGUUGUUUGCGGGGGCGGGGGCCUUGGAGUAUGUGGUCUGUACAUGACACAGGGUUUAUGUGUUGACACCGUGAAAAUGAUCAGUGAUCCAUGAUCGAUCACAUGAAAGUUUUCCAAGA